CAGAAUGAACAGACACCAUAAUUACAAAGCAGCGAAAACAAAAUCAGAUUUUGAGGAGCUAGGUUAAGGUUGCUGGUCGCAGUGUUAAGUUAAGAAGAAGAAGAAGAAGAAGAAGAAGUAAGAAAUUCGAAGCGGUUACAAUGUCAAAACGAGAGCUUUCGAACACGUUGAAGAACUUGAAGUUCAUGCAAAGGGCAGCUCUGAAAGAGGAUAAAAUUGAGAAAGAAGAAGAAGUCAAACCUGAUUUCAGUUUGGGUUCAACAUCUACAGUUUCAAAAAAAUGUGUGGUCAUAGUGGAAGGUGAUCCCCGUCCUGGAGCGCUUAAAGGUCGAAUGUCAUUUCAAAGUUUUAAUCCAUCUGUAGACAAAUUAAAUGAGGAAGAAGUAAAACUUCAUCAGCCAGUAGCCGAAACUACCAUUUCUAGAAAUCAAAAUGCAAAUGUGUCUGUUAGAGAAAAUAACUCUUCAGCAGAAGGUACAGAACGUGCUAAUAUGAACCAAAACAGUCAUGAAGUUAAUGCCAAUGUUAAAAGGAAACAGUCUGAAGUAAUUCAUGAAGCACAAUACCCUAACAAAUCACCCAAGAAUGAUCAAGGGAACAGACAAUCAUCGUCAAACAAUAGUUUGGGCUCUUUCAAAAAACCAUCUGGAGAUAAGUUAGACUGGAAUGUUCUUAGAUCAUCUAGUGUCAAACAAAAUAGAUGAGUUUGUUGAUCAUUGUAUUUCAUACACAAACUAGGCUAGGUUUGAUUUUGUUUCAGGUCCUGUGCUUUUAAGUCUGUAUUUGUUGUUCUAUUAGGGUGUUUUCUAUGAGAUUUAACUUCUCUUAGGUAAGGAGUGUAAUUUAAAAGGUUAAGUUUAAGGUUUGAAGCAUUGAUUUCAAUUUCAUCAACAUAUGAGAUUCUGAUAAAAUAUAUAUAGAUAUAUGACAAACUAUGGAGAUGUAAAUUCUCAA